ACCAUUCCUCUCUCUCAUUCUACACACCCAGCACUUCGCGUUUUUUCGAUUCCUUUUCUUCUCUCUCUCUCUCUCUUCUCUCUUUCUCUCUCUUCCACCAAUAACGAAACGAUGUCGUGGCAAUCGUACAUAGACGACCACUUGAUGGCCGAAGUCGACGGCAACCACCUCACCUCCUCCGCCAUCCUCGGCCACGACGGCAGCGUUUGGGCUCAGAGCGCCGCCUUCCCUCAGUUGAAGCCCGAGGAGGUAACAGGUAUCAUGACUGACUUUGAUACUCCCGGCUCGUUAGCUCCGACUGGAUUGUACAUUGGGGGAGCCAAGUACAUGGUGAUUCAAGGUGAACCUGGAGCAGUCAUUAGAGGGAAGAUGGGAACUGGUGGUGUUACGAUAAAAAAGACGAAUUUGGCCUUGAUCUUUGGCAUCUACAAUGAGCCAAUGACUGGAGGUCAGUGCAACAUGGUUGUCGAGAAGAUUGGUGACUAUCUUGUUGAACAAGGUCUUUAAGUGUUUGCGAUUGUGCUCUACUAUACGGUAUUUGAAGUUGUGGGUUCUUGGUUAUGACGAAAGUUUGGUGUUUCAAAAGUGAUAGAUUCGGUCUCUCUUUUGCGUUUUCCGGUUAUUGAAAAAAAACUGUUAUUAUGAUUCCAUGUGAGUAAAUUAUGUAUUUUUGGGUGGUUCUUUGGAUGGGUUUUCUAAUUUUAUAGACAUCUUUUUGCAAAUACAGAAUUGGCUUUGAUACUUAAUUUGUGCUUCCUCACCAUUUUUUGUGGACAAUGUUGUCUUAUGUUUUAUGCCCUUC